AUGGACGGUUCCAUCACCAAAAGCAGCAAGAGAUCAAGAAGCAGCGGUAGCAGAUCCUCGAGAAGAAGAUCUCGUCGUACUAGCAGCACAAGCAACAGUCCAAAGAGGAGCAACGAACCGCGUCGAACCAAGAAAAGCAAAGAAGAACAUGAAGCCAAGGAUAAAGCUCGAGCCGAGCGUGACUGUGGUACCUCUAGGGCAAAUGCCGUCGAUCAUACUGGCGUAGUAGCAGCAGCACCAGUGGAACCAACGAAAGGCCGCAGCAACAAAUAUCGAAGUAGCAAAAGAAAAAGCCAACAAGAUAGAGUAUCCAAGGAGGAUGCUGUCGCAAAGGCAAUGAACUUCAUGAAUCGAGCAUCCGGCGAUCUUAUAACUGGACCGAUGCCUGGUGCACAUCCGGAAUCUCGUGGAACCGAACCGAAUACCAAAGACACCAAAAGUUUUGAACAGGAGGGCACCAAGCGAAGCGAAGCGGAAGGCGAGGCCAAUAAGAAGGUGCCGGAUAGUGCCGAUGUUAUGGAUUAUGCGGAUGCAGUAGAACCGAUCAAUGGUCGCAGCAAGCAUCGACGUGGCAAACGAAAAAGCCAACAAGAUCGAUACACCAAGGAUGCUGUUGCAAAGGUGAACAAUCUCAUGGAUCGAAUGAGUGAACCCAUUACUGGACCAAUGCCGGGUGCACAUGCGGAUUCACGUGGAACCCAAGAGGCAAAAGACAAAAGCUCUGGAAAAGAGCGAUUUCGCAGACCUGUGGGAACCCAAUCUGUGUUUACGGUGGAAGAACGAGCGAGACUUGAAGCUUAUAAGGGUGACAAUAUGGAUGGACUUUUGAUGGCCAAUGCUGUAGACAGCAACGAUGCCGACCUUGCCAUGGCGCUACUCAAUUCGAUGCUUGAUCAGAACGGCGACGCAAGUGGUGGUGCUUCGACAACUUUGGACAUGUCUAUGGAUGUAACUACGUCUGACGAUAAUUCAAGCAGAAGGACAAGGGAUAAUAAUGAAGAUUCGAACGGAAGAGACUGGGAACGUUUCAAGCAGAACAAGAGUGUUCGAAUAUGUUGCUACCUUCUUUGUUUCGUUGUCCUUGCGAUUGGCGCUGUUGCAGCUUGGCUUGCCACGCGUAACGAUGCAUCCAAUGAACCGUCACAAGUCGGUGGUAUUCCAAAUACAGAGAAUGUAACGAAUGUGCCAAUGAAUACCGUCACUCCAACUGAGGAUUCUUUUGCGAUUACUUCCACAAGUGGAGCUCCUAGUGAGUCUCCUAAUAACGACGUUGAGGUUGCGUUUGAACCACCAUCGAUAGAAGACUGUGCCGCCAUUGCCAGUGGAAAUGCAAUACAAGGUCAAGGAACAAUGCCAGUACAAAACUAUGAGCUUGAGCUCGAUGCCACGUCGUUUCUUCCCAUGGAUCUGAGCAUUUCAGCCGGAAUCAUUGAGGAUAAACUUCGAGAAUUGAUGGCUCCAGCACUCACUGGAUGCAAUCAAAUCGUACGAAAGUUGCGAUAUCAUCGCCAUUUGGAUGGUGGAGUCUUUGCGUACGCAGUUGGAAAUGUGGCAGUCGAUGCAUCGGGAAUCGAGCAAGUACAAUGUAUUGAUGAUUCCAAUCCGCAGUGUCAUCGUGUUAUUGUGGCACUUGGAAUUGCUGUAAAGGAUGCAUCAGUGAAGGUCGUGGAUGUUAUUGGGGAACUCAGUGCCUUUUUUGGUGGUGGUUCUCUGGAGGAAAAACUUGAAUUGGUUGGACUCUAUGGCAGUAUCCUUGUUGUGAAUUUGGGAUCCGUCGAUCCAACUUCAUCCCCUAGCAUCAGUGACAAGUCUCCCUCAGCGGAGCCAACUACAGCACCAUCAGUUGCUUUUCCCACGCAGAGGGAAGAAACCACAAGACCAAGUGCAAGUCCAGAACCAGAGCCACCUUCUUCGAUGCCAAUUCAAUCACCCUCUGAAUCUCCAUCUGAGUAUCCAACCUUGGCUCCUGUGUCUGGACCAACUCUUCCGCCAACUCCACAACCGACAGCAUUGCCUAGUUCAAGCCCUUCUCUUUCUCCAACAAGCAUGCCAUCACAAUUUCCAACCACUGCAACGGUUAUUGAUAUCUCAACCCCAGCGCCUUCUCAGAUGCCUUCACAAAUGCCCUCUAGGAGUCUUUCCCUGAAUCCAUCCUCCAUUUCAUCGCUGGUACCAAGCAAUACACCAAGCAAUAAACCAAGCAACGUUCCGAGCAAUAUACAAAGCAAUAAACCAAGCAACGUUCCGAGCAAUAUACCAAGCAAUAAGCCAAGCAACGUGCCGAGCAAUACACCAAGCAAUAAGCCAAGCAACGUGCCGAGCAAUAAACCAAGCAACAUUCCGAGCACAGAGCCAUCAUCAGAGCCAUCACAAGUUGUAUUUUCAUGUUUCGAAUCCAACACAGAGCUCUCUGGCGCAGUUGACGAGUGGUUCCAGUCUUCCGAGUUACAGGCAGCCGUCGAGGUAAAAUAUGGACCGAUCGGAGACUGGUGUUUUGGAGCAGGUGUCACUAGCAUGAGCAACCUUUUCCGCAAUCGCCCGUCUUUUGAUGAGGAUAUUGGAAACUGGGAUGUUUCUUCCGUGACAGACAUGUCUAGAAUGUUCCUCAAUCAAUUUUCCACAGCCUCCUCCUUCAACCAAGAUAUCUCAUCAUGGGACGUUUCUUCGGUAACCAACAUGGAAUUUAUGUUCUACCGCGCAAGAUCCUUCAACCAAAACUUGAAUUCUUGGGAUGUUUCAUCCGUCACUGAUAUGCUGUGGAUGUUCAACGAAGCAAGGUCUUUUGAUGGAGACAUAUCAUCAUGGGAUGUAUCUUCUGUAACAGACAUGGGACAAAUGUUUGUCAGUGCGCGUGCAUUCAAUGGGGACAUUUCAAGAUGGAACGUUUCCUCCGUGAUCAGCAUGGAUGGCAUGUUCUCACAAGCAUCGUCUUUCGACCAAGACAUAUCUUCAUGGGACGUAUCUUCAGUCCUCAACACAUUGCAAAUGUUUGGUGGAGCAUCAUCCUUCAACCAAGAUAUAUCCUCGUGGGAGCUUUCUUCUGUCGUAUCCAUAAUUGGAAUGUUCGAUGGAGCAUCUUCCUUCAACCAGAAUCUUUGUCCCUGGGGCUCAGUUUUACCCAGCAAUGUAGUGGUGAAAAAUGCGAUUCCUUUCGAUGUGUUUGGUAGCACCAGUUGCCCUUCCGAAUCCAAUCCAGAUGUCUCUUCAAAUCCUAAAGGUCCCUUUUGCCACAUUUGCCAGCCAUAA